AUGGGCAUUUCUGUUGUUAAACCUAUUUCAAUUUAUUGUGACAAUACAACUGCAAUUAAUCUUUCUAAAAAAUUUGUUAUGCACUCUCGCACUAAACAUGUUGCCAUCAAAUUCCAUUUUCUACGAGACCAGGUGUUGGCUAAUGAGUUUCAGUUAGUAUUUGUACCUUCACAAGCCCAAGUUGCUGAUAUAUUUACAAAAGCUCUAUCUAAAGACACAUUUGAAAGACUCCAAGACAGAAGUGAGCAGCAGGAUUUGUUGAACGCUCUCGGAUCGAUGUUUGUAUCUGUCCUAUUUAUUGGAGUAACAAAUGAAAUGACUGUGCAACCUGUUGUUUGGCUUGAAAGGAUAGUCUUCUACCGUGAGAGGGCCGCUGGAAUGUAUUCGGCCCUACCUUAUGCAUUGGCUCAGGUUUGUCCUGAUUUUUGCUAUACGUUCUCAGGAAUGAUGGCCGCAGCACUUACUGCCAGCCAUAAAAUAGCUGCAGUUGUGUCAGUGCAUGUCCUGGUGUUGUGGAUUCUCUUCUCGGGCGCCAUGAUUUCUCGCAGGAGGUGUCCUCCAUGUUGGAGAUGGUUUUUCAGCGCCAAUCUAAUGGCAUGGUGCCUCUAUGGUCUCAUCACUUCGCAAUAUGGAGACGUGGGGACUAGUCUAAAGAUGGCAGACGGGACAGAGAUGUCUGUGAAGCAUUUUGUGGAGAAGAAUUUUGGCUAUCAUCGACAACAUUUGGCCAGCGUGGGGAUUCUGAUGGCAGGAUUUUCUGCUUUGUUUGGCCUUGUAUUUUUCUUGGGAAUCAAGCUUUUCAACUUCCAAAACCGGUAG